AUGCCCUUUCCCUUCAUCGCCGCCCCCGCCGCGGCCGCUGGCCUGGCCUACCUCAACGCUCGCACCGGUUUCUGGUACGAUCUGAAGCUCCUCACCAGCGCCUUCAAGAGCGCUGGCCGCAUCCUGAUCCGCGAGCGCCGUGAUCGCCUCAACCUCUUCUACAUCCUCGAGGACCACGCCAAGAACCCGUCAACCGCCAAGAAGGAUCUCAUCAUCUUCGAGGGUCGCCACCUCACCUACGCAGACGUCUACGACCGCGUCCUCCGCUACGGUGCCUUUCUCAAACAGGAGUUCGGCGUCAAGUCUGGCGACAUUGUCGCUAUCAACUUCCAAAACUCCGACACCUUCAUCCUUCUGUGGUGGGCUCUGUGGAGCAUCGGCGCCAAGCCCGCCUUCAUCAACUACAACCUCACCGGCGAGCCCCUCAAGCACUGCCUCAAGGCCGCCACCACCCGCCUGUGCCUCGUCGACCCCAACGUCGCCGAGCAGGUCACCGAUGAGGUCAAGGGCGCGCUGUCCGACGUGCGCUUCGUCGACUUCACCCCAGCUCUCGAGGCCCAGGCCCUCGCGGCGCCGCCAACGCGCGCCCCGGAUGCCGACCGCCACGAGGAGACGCUCUCCAAUUUGGCCAUCCUCAUCUACACGUCGGGCACCACGGGCCUUCCCAAACCCGCCGUCGUCUCGUGGGGCAAGUGCAUCGUCGGCGGCACCAUCCCGGAGGUGCUGCUCAGCCGCGGCUCUCGCGACAUCAUGUACACGUCCAUGCCCCUCUACCACUCGUCAGCCGCGGUUCUGUCUUUCUGCUCUACUGUCUCGGCCGGCAGCACACAGGCCCUCGGUCGCAAAUUCUCGACGAAGCUCUUCUGGGACGAGGUGCGUGCGACGGGCGCCACGUCGAUUCAGUACGUCGGCGAGACGCUGCGCUACCUCCUGGCCGCACCACCGCAGCGCGACCCGGCAACGGGUGAGAACCUCGACCGCAAGCACAAUGUGACCCUUGCCUUUGGCAAUGGCCUGCGCCCUGACGUGUGGAACGAGUUCAAGGAGCGCUUCGGCGUGGAGACCAUCGUCGAGUUUUACGCCGCCACCGAAGGCCCCUUUGCGACGUGGAACGUGAGCCGCAAUGAUCUGACGGCGGGCGCCAUCGGACGCAACGGAUGGCUCUACAACGCGCUUCAGAAGCUCCAGGUCGCCAUCGUCGAGGUCGACUGGCAGACGGACGCCCCGCUGCGCGAUCCAGCGACUGGGUGGUGUAAACGCGUGACCCCCGGCGAACCGGGAGAGAUGCUCUUUAAGCUGCCGGCCGACGAUCUCGAGAGGCGCUUCCAGGGCUAUUACGGUAACAAGAAGGCGACGCAAGACAAGAUUAUGCGUGACGUCUUUGCCAAGGGCGACGCGUGGUUCCGCACGGGCGACGUGACGCGAUGGGACUCGGACGGGCGCGUCUUCUUCAACGACCGCAUUGGCGACACCUUCCGGUGGAAGUCGGAGAACGUGUCGACCGUCGAGGUCAGCCACGCCGUCGGUACGCACCCUUCGGUGCGGGAGGCCAACGUGUACGGCGUUCAGCUGCCGCACCACGACGGUCGCGCCGGCUGCGUCGCCAUCAACUUCGACCACGGCCCGCCGCGGCCCGACGCUCUGCGCAGCCUCGCGAACCAUGUUCGGUCCAUCCUGCCGCGCUAUGCCGUCCCGCUCUUCCUGCGCGUCGUCCCAGAGAUUGGCGGCGGUGCCCAGACGACGGGCACCAACAAGCAGCAGAAGCACACACUGCGCCAACAAGGCGUCCGGCCAGGAAGCGGAGAUGCCUCGGGCGACAUGUACUGGCUCAAGGGCGACGCAUACGUGCCGUUUGGCGAUGCCGAAUGGAAGGCGUUGGAGGCGGGCGAGAUCAAGCUGUAA